GUGCAUACACAACUAUGUAACAGCCGCGUACUGUAAUAUUCAUGCACGGAGAUUUACGAGAAUAAAAAUAUAUAUCAUAAACGACGGGAAUUUUAAAAAGCCAGGAUGGCAUUUCCUGUAGAUAUUCUGACAAAUGUGGAUCACGAGUCCUUAGAGCAGGCAGCAGAGGAAUACAUGUCUCAGCUUUCAUAUAGAAAAACUGAGUACCUCACCCUGCCUAAUUCCAAACAGAUAAAGAUUGGUCUCAAUGUGAGUUUCGUCCCUCUAUAUGGGACAGAUACUAAAAAGAAGAUCCUUGCAUUGUUCUCGCCUGACGACUCUAUCACAGUUGUAGGGCUUUAUUUGCUGGGUAAGUGGUGGGGAGUUGAAGACAUACUUAAAACAGCAGAUCCUUCCAGAACAGGCUUGAUCAAGGUCAGCACUCUUGGGGAGAGGAUAGUCCUGUAUGUCCUCAACAGAAUUGUGCUGAGAAAUGAGAAGAGCAGUGAAGAGGUUUUAUUCCUCUGCCAUGGCGAGCAUGAAUCUGCAAAAAUACUGUGGAAGGAUGGAGUGGCCAUUGGCUUUUACUCAUUCAAACCAAAAGGUAGCUUGUGCAGAAACUUUGUGACCCAGUGCUAUCAGCUUCCUGUCAUGGAUACGGUGUUUGUCAGGAAGUGUCACCGAGGCAAGGAUCAUGGCGUAAAGAUACUGGAAGAUUUUGUUUGUAGCUUCAGAAAUGAGGACACAGGGUUGAAAUUUCCUCUUUCUGAAGCUAUGUAUAAAGUUUGUGAAAAGUACUUGAGAAUAUAUCCAGCAAACAAAGAGUUCCUGUGGGAAGUAGAAUAUACAGGAAGCUUUUUCCAGAGAACUCUAAUAGCGAAGAGGCUACAAGGGUUGAAUCAAAAAGAAAAGGACCACGUUGUGAGCAAACUUAUUUUUGAGGAAGAAGAUGCCACUGCUCCAAUGGAAAUUGAGAUCACAAAGAUUCAGGAAACCACUGAAUCCACAAUGGAAAUUGAGGAGACCAUCACAGACAUAAUGAAAGAUGACAUACCUGUCACAAGACGUAGUACAAGUAGCAAUCUGAAACGUAGGGGUAUCAGAGAAAAUUCAGAAGAGAGGCUUUCAGAGAACAUUAUCAGGGUGGAAGACAUUGAGGCAGGAGUGGCAACUGAGGGGAGUCUUGAUAACACUUUUCCUGUAAAAGAUUCAGAAACUGUGAUUAGGGGUACAACAGACACGGUAACUGCGACUGUCACAAGAAUAUCAGCGUUUAGAGGUUCACAGAAAGAAAUGGGAAAAUACAUAAUUACAGCAACAUCAGAUGGGAAUCCAGUCACUCACCUCACCACAUCUGAGGAAAUAAAGAGUAAAAAAGGCAGUAAAGAGGAAUUUGAAAUGGUUAAGGAGCAUACUGUUGAAAUACAAGGAACCAUUAUAGGGUCUACUGAUCAAAGUCAAAUUCAGUCUGUGGUGAAUGUGGAGAUUGUCAAGAUGAGUACAGGAACUGAAGAGGAACAACAUGAGAAUUUAGAAAAUAUCAUAGAUGUUGAGAAAGAAAAAUCUGUGAGUGAGACAGGGAAGGGGGAAAUAAAACAAAUGUUGGAUAAACUCGAAGGGGGAAAUGCUCAGAGUGAGACUGAUAAAACAUUUAACAGUACUGAAGUUUUGCAAGAGAUUACAGAGCAACCUGAAAUACACGCUAAACUAAGGGAAAAAGAACAGGUUUAUUGGGAUGAGGAAAUAACAGAGAGGAAAGAAAGAGAAGGAAGUGAGGUUAUGGAAGUUCAGGGAAAGGACCUAAUUGAGGAAAACAGAAAUGACAACUUAGGUCCAGAAAAAUGUGAAGCCUUGCAUAAAGACACAGUUCUGCAGCAGUCUGUGGAAAUAAAAGACCAAACAGAGAUGGAAGUUCUUUGUACUGAAGAGGUCUUAUGUGAACAACAAAAACAGUGUGAGGCUGAAAAAGUCUCUGAACCACACCAAAGAAAGACAUACAAGGGCACAGGAUUUGAAAAAGCUAAGAAAAAUAAAGUAGGCCCUGAUGAUACAAAACAGGUAUUCAGCCAAAGUAAACUGACUCAAAAGAGAACAUCACCUGAAACUCCAUCAAGGAGAUCCAAAAGACUCAGGCAUGAACCUGCUGAAACAGUUAGAACAACAAAGUCUGUAAAAACAACCCAACAAAGAAACAAACAUCACAGCAAAGCUGUUAUUCAAGAGGAACAUACUGAACAACCAGUAGAUAAAUCUGAACACGAUAGUUCUGAGGUUAUUGAAGAAAGCUCAGCUGAACACCAGACAGAAACAGAGAAUGAAGUUAAGGAAUGCAUCAAAAAUAUGCUUACAGUGGAAACUGUAUCUACUAUGGACAAUGAAAUCAGACAAGUUGAGAAAACUCUUGAUGUGGUUACAGCAGUUUCUGAAUUAGUAAAAGGAGCAGCAAAAUUUCAUGAAGCACCACAAGAGUCAUCUGUAAGACCUAUAGAGGUACAAGAAACUAAAACAACAUUCGAAGAGCAUGAGGAAGGAGUGGCACAUAGCAAAACUAAAGUUGUUAUCGUAGAAUUUCAUGAGGUUUCUUCUAAAAAGGCAGGUGAUGAUCAUGAAGAAAUGGAUAUUAUUGAACAAGACGAAUUAAAGGAUUGUGUGUCAACUGAACAACAAAUAGCUGAAGAUACUUUGGAAGUUGAAGAACAAGAUGGAACAUUGAACAUGGACACCAAACCAAUUGAAGAACCAGCAUGUACUACAGAAGGAUACAUCGUAGCAACUGAUGUUUCUGUAACUCAAGAACAAGAGAAUACAUCAGAAGUGAAAGAUCUGAUUGUUCAAGGCAAAGAUGAAAAAACAGAAACUGAGCAAUCUAAAAAGGAUCAACGGGAUUCAUAUGAAGAAGCCAAACAGUAUCCAAAACAAGGUGAACAAGCUAAAAAGAAAAGACUGACCGACGUCUCAAGUAGAUCCACAAGACUUAGGGAUCAACCUGUUGACCCUGGGGUGACACCUGUUAGGAGAUCUACACGUGGCAAAGAAGUGAUACAACAAAAACUGUGUGAGCCACAAGCUAAGGUAAAAAUUCUGACCAAAGAAAGGAUUGUGAUGGAUAAAAAAAUGAGGCCAGAGGAAAGUGAAAUGACAAACACAAAAGUUGAUGAAGCCAUAGCAGCUUCACCCGGAAGUUCAGAACUACUGAUAGCUACUGAAACAGAUGACAAAGUGGAAAUACCUCAAAUUACACAGACUACAGAGGAGAAAAUCCCAGCAGUGGAAGCAGAAAAUGAUGAUGCCACAGAAAAGGCAAUCAAAGAAAUCAAAAAGAUGGCAAACAAGGAAAUUAAUUUAGCUGGAGAAACAGACAUAGAAAUGAGUAGCCUUGUUCAGGAGCAGGAUAUAAAUGAAAAGGAGGCACCUGUCAGCACAGAAAUAAGUCUUAGACAUAGAACAAUAAAGGUUACAUCUACACCAAGAAAGAAAUCUGGACGUGUACAAAAACGAGAAGAUGAAGUAGUUGUUGAACAUCAGGAAACACAUACAUUAAUGAGCAAGAAAAAAAUAGAAAUAAUCUCAGUGACAGAAGAGAGACAUGAAUUUAUGGAACAGUACGUGAGUAAGUUGGAGAACACAGGAGCAAGCUUAGCUGAAUUGGGGCCAGUGGAAAAAACUGAGAUAAGUAAAGAUAAAUAUGAAGAAAUCUCAGCAACAACAGAAGAAGUUGUAAAUGUCUGUACACUAGCUAGUACAACAGAGACCUGUCUUGAAGAAAUGUCUAACGCAAAUGUUGAGGAAACUGUGGCUGUUGAACUUAAGAGUUCUGAAAUACUGAUCGGUAUAGAUAUAGAUGAUAAAGCGGAGAAAAUUCAGAUUGUAGAGGGUCCUGAAGAAGAGGUCUCAGAAGCAGAUCAUGAUGAGGGGGCAGAGAGAGAUGAUGGUACUCAAAUAAUAAGAUUACAAAAAUCCACAGUAGUACUUGUAGAUUUGAGCCAGGUUUCCCAAGAUAGAGAAUAUGAUGAGAGUUCAGAUGUCUUAAGACAUUCCGAAACUUUGGAACAACUGAAACUAGAUAAAACAGAAAAAAAUGAAAACAAACCAGAAGAGGAUGAACAGCAAGAAAAGAUUCUCGAAAAAGAAAAAAUGAAAGACACAGCUGUGGAAAAAUACAAACUUGAUAAACUCAACGAGGAGCAAUUGCCAACAGAAGAUCAGAGAAAGCAUAAAAACAUUAGCAGUCCUUCUCUAGAGAAACCUGUUCAGGAAAACCUAGAUGAGGCUGCAGUCACCACAGAAAGAAGUCUUAGACGGAGAACAAUACAAGUUCACUCUCCACCAAAAAGGAAAUAUAGGCAUAUACAAAAACAAAAGGCUGAAACUUUGGGACAUACAACUGAAUUAGUUCUAAUAACAGAAAAAAGAGCUGAUGAAGGAGAUCAAGUAUGUGCAGAAAUAGACAAUGAAGACAAAGCACCUCAUGAAUUAAAUGUAAAAGCUGCUGAGAAGGGCAUUCCUGAAGAGGAUGUUGCAGAAAAAGAAAUUGAAGAAAUAAACAAGAUGGUCCACAAGGAAACAAGUUUAGCUGUGACAAAAAACACAAGUCAGGAGGUACCUCAAAUGAGAGAAGAAGCUGCAUCAGAGCAACAGGAAAAUCAUCCACUGGCACAGAAUAAGGAGGAAACAGUUGAGAAAGAAAACCUGACUGACUUAGUGGUUAGCACGGAGCAAACAAACAUUUCAAAGGGCACCAUCGUUCAAGUAGAGAAAGAGGUCUCCCAAGUGGAAUGCAUUAAACCCUAUCAAAGUGACCAAGAAGGGAUCACAAGAAGAAGUCUCAGGGUCAGUACCAAAUCAGUUAAAUCUACACAGAAGACCAGAGCAUCUACACAACUCUACAAAGCAGAGUCAGAACCAGUGAAAGAAGUUGAUAUGAAUAGAGAUGAACAUGAAGUAUCCUCAGCAACAACAGAAGAGACUGUGAAUGUUUGUGAAUCAGUAAUUAUUGUUGAGACCAACUUGGAAAGUCUUGAUGAAUUAGCAAACACAAAUGUUGAGGAAACUCCAGCUGUUGAACCUGAGACUUCUCAACUGCUACAGGGUGUAGAAAUAGAUGGUAAAGAGGAGGAACCUCAGACUGUGGAGGUGGUCCCUUUUGAAGAAGCAGAGCCAGAUGACUUGGUUGAGAAAGAUGACAGAACUUCAGUUAUACAACUGCAAAAUGCCACAUUAGUGCUUGUAGAUUUAAACAAACUUUCUCAAAACACAGAAGGGGAGUGUGAUACUCCAGAAACCCCACAACAUUCACAGACAGACAAAAACAUUGAAUUGGAGGGACCAAUUUAUAGUGAACAUCAACUAUGUAAUGUAACACCAAAAGAGAAAGAACAGCAAGAACUACAAAUUGAGAAAGACACUAAAAAGACCCAUAAGCAAGACAAAAUGGACGAAGAAAACACAAAGGAAGAGAAAAAUGAACCCAAUAAACAAGACAUGACAUUUGAGAGGCAAAAACUAACAGAAAAUUGGGAAGAACAAAUUGGUGUAAUAGAGACAGAAAACAUAGAGGGUUAUAGUGCUGUAACCUCUGGAGAGAAUCAAGAGGUAACAAAAUUGGCAGACAAAACAAAUAUCAUUAAGGAGACAGAACAAGAGCAAGAUGUUGCUUUAUUAGAGAAACAAGCAGACAGUAAGGCAGAGAUGAGCGGUAUUGCUCGCGGCGCAGCAGAUUCUGUCCAAGAGAUCUUAGAAGAGGAUCCGCAAAUUAGCACAGAGCGAAGUCUCAGAAGAAGAACAAUAAUAGUUCAGUCUCCACCAAGGAAAAAAUCAAGACGUGUACAAAAACAAGAGGCAGAAGCCUUUGAGGAUAAAACUGGAAAACUCACAGUAACAGAAAAGGUAGUUGAAGUUAUGAAUAAAGAAAUUACAAAAAUAGACGGUAAAGAGGAAAAGCCUCAAAAAUCAACAGUAGAAACUACAGAUGAGGAGAUCCCACUUGCUGAGGAGGAACCUAAAGAGUGUGCAGCAGAAAAAGUAGCUGAAGAAAUUAACCAAGUAGAGAACAAGGUAACAUACACACACGAGGAGAUACUAGAGACGGAGGAAGCUAAUUUAGUGCAACAAGGUAAUGAUCCACUGGUUAUAAAUGAGAAACAAACAACCGAGACAGAAGAAUCCUUAGAAAUGGACCCUGUAGUUAGCAAGGGGAAACCAUACAUUGUAGAGGGGACCACCAUUCAGGUAGAGGAAGAGGUCUCACAGAUGGAAUGCAAUGAACCCAAUCAGAGUGGCCAUGAAGGGAUCACAAGAAGAAGUCUCAGGCUCAGUACCAAAUCAGUUAAAACUACACAGAAGACCAGAUCAUCUACACGUCUCCACAAAGCAGAGUCAGAACCAGUGAAAGAAGUAGAUAUGAGUACAGAUGUAUAUGAAGAAACCUCAACAACAACAGAAAAGACUAUGGAUGUCUGUGUACCAGUAAUUACUGUCAAGACCAACUUGAAAAGUCUUGAUGAAUUAGCAAACACAGAUGUUGAGGAAACUGCAGCUGUUGAACCUGAGACUUCUGAAACUUUGCUGGGUGUAGAAAUAGAUGGUAAAGAGGAGGAACCUCAGACUGUGGAGGAGGUCCCUCUUGAAGAAGCAGAGCCAGAUAACUUGGUUGGGAAAGAUGACAUAACUUCAGUUAUACAACUGCAAAAUGCCACAGUUGUACUUGUAGAUUUAAACAAACUUUCUCAAAACACAGAUGAAGAGAGGGAUACUCCAGAAAUCUCAAUGCAUUCUCAGACAAGGGAAAACAUUGAACUGGAGGAACCAAUUUUUAGUGAACAUGAACUAUGUAAUGUAACACCAGAAGAGAAAGAACAGCAAGAACUACAAAUUGAGAAAGACACUAAAAAGACCCAUGAACAAGACAAAAUGGAUGAAGAAAACACAGAGGAAGAGAAAAAUGAACCCAAUAAACAAGACAUGACAUUUGAGAGCCAAAAACUAACAGAAGACUUGGAAGAACAAAUUGAUGUAAUAGAGAAAGAAACCAUAGAAAGUUAUAGUGCUGUAACAUCUGGAGAGAAUCAAGAAGUAACACAAAUGGCAGACAAAACAAAUAUCAUUAAGGAGAUAGAACAAGAUCAAGAUGUUGCUUUAUUAGAGAAACAAGCAGACACUAUGGCAGAGAUGAGCGAUAUUGCUCACGGGGCAGCAGAUUCUGUUCAAGAGAUCUUAGAAGAGGAGACACCAUUCAGCACAGAGCGAAGUCUCAGACGAAGAACAAUAAUAGUUCAGUCUCCACCAAGGAAAAAGACAAGACGUUUACAAAAACAAGAGCCAGAAGCCUUUGAGGAACAAACUGGAAAACUCACAGUAACAGGAAAGGUGGUUGAAAAAAUGAAUAAAGAAAUGACAAAAAUAGACGGUAAAGAGGAGAUGCCUCAAAAAUCAACAGUAGAAACUACAGAUGAGGAGAUCCCACUUGCUGAAGAUGAACCUAAAGAGUGUGAAGCACAAAAAGUAGUGGAAGAAAUUAACCAAGUGGAGAACAAGGUAACAUACAUAAAUGAGGAGAUACUAGAAACGGAAGAAGCUAGUUUAGUGCAACAAGGUAAGGAUCCACUGGCUAUAAAUGAGAAACAAACAACUGAGACAGAAGAAUCUUUAGAAAUGGACCCUGUAGUUAGCAAGGGGAAACCAUACAUUGUAGAGGGGACCACCAUUCACGUAGAGGAAGAGGUCUCACAGGUGGAAUGCAAUGAACCUAAUCAAAGUGGCCAUGAAGGGAUCACAAGAAGAAGUCUCAGGCUCAGUACCAAAUCAGUUAAAACUACACAGAAGACCAGAUCAUCUACACGUCUCCACAAAGUAGAGUCAGAACCAGUGAAAGAAGUAGAUAUGAGUACAGAUGUAUAUGAAGAAUCCUCAGCAACAACAGAAGAGACUAUGGAUGUCUGUGUACCAAUAAUUACUGUCGAGACCAACUUGAAAAGUAUUGAUGAAUUAGCAAACACAGAUGUUGAGGAAACUCCAGCUGUUGAACCUGAGACUUCUGAUCCUAUACUGGGUGUAGAAAUAGGUGGUAAAGAGGAGGAACAUCAGACUGUGGAGGAGGUCCCUCUUGAAGAAGUAGAGCCAGAUAACUCGGUUGGAAAAGAUGACAUAAUUUCAGUUAUACAACUGCAAAAUGCCAGAGUUGUACUUGUAGAUUUAAACAAAUUUUCUCAAAACACAGAUGAAGAGAGGGAACUGGAGGAACCCAUUUUUAAUGAACAUGAACUAUGUAAUGUAACACCAGAGGAGAAAGAACAGCAAGAACUACAAAUUGAGAAAGACACUAAAAGGACCCAGGAGCAAGACAAAAUGGACAAAGAAAACACAGAUAAAGAGAAAAAUGAACCCAAUAAACAAGACAUGAUAUUUGAGAGGCAAAAACUAACAGAAGACUUGGAAGAACAAAUUGAUGUAAUAGAGACAGAAACCAUAGAAAGUUUUAGUGCUGUAACAUCUGGAGAGAAUCAAGAAGUAACACAAAUGGCAGACAAAACAAAUAUUAUUAAGGAGACAGAACAAGAUCAAGAUGUUGCUUUGUUAAAGAAACAAGCAGACAGUAAAGCAGAGAUGAGCGGUAUUGCUCACGGGGCAGCAGAAUCUUUUCAAGAGAUCUUAGAAGAGGAGACACCAUUCAGCACAGAGCGGAGUCUCAGACGAAGAACAAUAAUAGUUCAGUCUCCACCAAGGAAAAAAUCAAGACGUGUACAAAAACAAGGGACAGAAGCCUUUGAGGAUAAAACUGGAAAACUCACAGUAACAGGAAAGGUGGUUGAAAAAAUGAAUAAAGAAAUGACAAAAAUAGACGGUAAAGAGGAGAUGCCUCAAAAAUCAACAGUAGAAACUACAGACGAGGAGAUCCCACUUGCUGAAGAUGAACCUAAAGAGUGUGAAGCACAAAAAGUAGCGGAAGAAAUUAACCAAGUGGAGAACAAGGUAACAUACAUAAAUGAGGAGAUACUAGAAACGGAAGAAGCUAGUUUAGUGCAACAAGGUAAGGAUCCACUGGCUAUAAAUGAGAAACAAACAACUGAGACAAAAGAAUCUUUUGAAAUGGACCCUGUAGUUAGCAAGGGGAAACCAUACAUUGUAGAGGGGACCACCAUUCAUGUAGAGGAAGAGGUCUCACAGGUGGAAUGCAAUGAACCUAAUCAAAGUGGCCAUGAAGGGAUCACAAGAAGAAGUCUCAGGCUCAGUACCAAAUCAGUUAAAACUACACAGAAGACCAGAUCAUCUACACGUCUCCACAAAGUAGAGUCAGAACCAGUGAAAGAAGUAGAUAUGAGUACAGAUGUAUAUGAAGAAUCCUCAGCAACAACAGAAGAGACUAUGGAUGUCUGUGUACCAAUAAUUACUGUCGAGACCAACUUGGAAAGUAUUGAUGAAUUAGCAAACACAGAUGUUGAGGAAACUCCAGCUGUUGAACCUGAGACUUCUGAUCCUAUACUGGGUGUAGAAAUAGGUGGUAAAGAGGAGGAACCUCAGACUGUGGAGGAGGUCCCUCUUGAAGAAGCAGAGCCAGAUAAAUCGGUUGGAAAAGAUGACAUAAUUUCAGUUAUACAACUGCAAAAUGCCAGAGUUGUACUUGUAGAUUUAAACAAAUUUUCUCAAAACACAGAUGAAGAGAGGGAACUGGAGGAACCCAUUUUUAAUGAACAUGAACUAUGUAAUGUAACACCAGAGGAGAAAGAACAGCAAGAACUACAAAUUGAGAAAGACACCAAAAAGACCCAGGAGCAAGACAAAAUGGACAAAGAAAACACAGAUAAAGAGAAAAAUGAACCCAAUAAACAAGACAUGAUAUUUGAGAGCCAAAAACUAACAGAAGAUUUGGAAGAACAAAUUGAUGUAAUAGAGACAGAAACCAUAGAAAGUUAUAGUGCUGUAACAUCUGGAGAGAAUCAAGAAGUAACACAAAUGGCAGACAAAACAAAUAUCAUUAAGGAGACAGAACAAGAUCAAGAUGUUGCUUUGUUAAAGAAACAAGCAGACAGUAAGGCAGAGAUGAGCGGUAUUGCUCACGGGGCAGCAGAUUCUGUUCAAGAGAUCUUAGAAGAGGAGACACCAUUCAGCGCAGAGCGGAGUCUCAGACGAAGAACAAUAAUAGUUCAGUCUCCACCAAGGAAAAAACCAAGACGUGUACAAAAACAAGGGGCAGAAGCCUUUGAGGAUAAAACUGGAAAACUCACAGUAACAGGAAAGGUAGAUGAAGAAAUGAAUAAAGAAAUUACAAAAAUAGAUGGUAAAGAGGAAAUGCCUCAAAAAUCAACAGUGGAAACUACCUAUGAGGAGAUCCCACUUGCUGAAGAGGAACCUAACGAGUGUGAAGCACAAAAAGUAGCUGAAGAAAUUAACCAAGUGGGGAACAAGGUAACAUACAUAAACGAGGAGAUACUAGAGACGGAAAAAGCUAAUUUAGUGCAAGAAAGUAAUGAUCCACUGGUUAUAAAUGAGAAACAAACAACUGAGACAGAAGAAUCCUUAGAAAUUGACCCUGCAGUUAGCAAGGGACAACCAUACAUUGUAGAGGGGACCACCAUUCAGGUAGAGGAAGAGGUCUCACGGAUGGAAUGCAAUGAACCCAAUCAAAGUGGCCAUGAAAGGAUCACAAGAAGAAGUCUCAGGCUCAGUACCAAAUCAGUUAAAACUACACGGAAGACCAGAUCAUCUACACGUCUCCACAAAGCAGAGUUCGAACCAGUUAAAGACGUAGAUAUAAAUAGAGAUGUAUAUGAAGAAUACUUAGCAACAACAGAAGAGACUGUGAAUGUCUGUAAACCAGUAAUUUGGAAAAAACUUGGAAAUUUUGGAAAAAACUUGGAAAGUCUGGAUGAAUUAGCAAACACAGAUGUUGAGGAAGCUCCAGCUGUUGAACCUGAGACUUCUGAACCUCUACUGGGUGUAGAAAUAGAUGGUAAAGAGGAGGAACCUCAGACUGUGGCGGAGGACCCUCUUGAAAAAGCAGAGCUUAAUAACUUGGUUCAGAAAGAUGACAGAACUUCAGUUAUACAACUGCAAAAUGCCACAGUAGUGCUUGUAGAUUUAAACAAACCUUCUCAAAACACAGAAGGAGAAAGCGAUACUCCAGAAUUCCCAACACGUUCUCAGACAGAGGAAAACAUGGAACUGGAUAAACCAGUUUAUAGUGAACAUCGAAUGGGUAAUCUUACAUCAAAAGAGGAAGAAAACCAAGUACUACAAAUGGGUGAAAAUAUUGAAAAGACCCCUGAGCUGGAAAAAAUGCAGGAAGAAGACACAGAUGAACAGCAGAACAAGCCCAUCAAACAAGAUGAGACAUUUGAAGGGGGGCAAAAUCUGACAGAAGAUUCGGAAGAACAAAUUUAUGUAAUGGAGAAAAAGCAUCUAGAAGCCACCGCAAUAGCAGACAAGUCAAAUAUAAUUCAGGAUGGAGAAACGGAUCAAGAUUUUGGUUUGAAAGAGAAACAAACAGAGAGUGAGGCAGAGAUGAGCAGUCUUCUUCAUGAGUCAGUAGUAUCUGUCCAAGAGAUCUUAGAAGAUGAAGCACCUGUCAGCAUAGAGAGAAGACUGAGACAAAGAACAAUAAAAGUUCAAUCGACACCAAGAAAGAUAUCGAGAGGUGUGGAAAAACAAGAGGCUUCUGGAGGUAAAAGGGGUAAAGUACAAAUAACCAGAAAGGCAGCAAAAGAAAUGCACAAAGAAAGUGCAAAAGUCGAUGGCAAAGAGGAAACUAUUAAGCAAUCAACUGUAGAGGCUACUGAGAACAUGUCAUUUAUAGAAGUAGAACCUAUAGAAUGUGUAGCAGAAAAAGUAGCUGAAGAAAUCAACAAAAUUGAAAACAAGGAAACAAAUUUAGUUGUGGCAAAGGACACAGAUGAGGAAGCACCAGACAUGAAAAGAGCAGCCAAUUUAGAGCAACAUGAAACUUAUCCAUUGGCAAUAAAUGUGAAACAAACAGCUGAGACAGAAAAACCCAUGGAGAUCAAUGAAGAUCCAGUGGUUAACAAGGAGCAAACAAAUGUUUACGAUGAGGCCACCAUUCAUUUAGUAGGGGAGGAGGUCUCACACGUGGAAACCACUGAAAGGAUUAAAAGAAGAAGUCUCAGGAUUGGUGCAAAAUCAGUCACACUGAAACAGAAAACCAGAAAAUCAACACGUCUCCACAAUGCUGAGUUGGAACUAGCGAAAGAAGCAGAUAUGAGUAGAGAUGAAUUUGAAGAAACAUCAACAACAACAGGUGAGACUAGCUUGCAAAGUUUUAAUAAAACCGUGAACAUGAAUGUUGAGGAAACUCCAGCUGUUGAACCGGAGACUUCUGAACUGCUAAUCGGUGUAGAAACAUUUGAGGAAGGACCUCAGACUGUGGAGGAGGCGCUUCUUAAAGACACAGGACCUGAUGAGGGAGCAAAAGAUGAUGACACUCCAGUAAUACAACUGCAAAAAGCCACAGUUAUACUUGUAGAUCUAAACAAGCAUACCCAAAAUACAGAAGGAGAGAGUAAUACUUCAGAAGCCCCACCACAUUCUCAGACAGAGGAAAACAUGGAACUGGAUAACCCAGUUUAUAGUGAACAUCAGCUAUGUCAUAAAAGAAGAGAAGAAGAACAGCAAGAGCUACAGAAAGAGGAAGAUACUAAAAAGGCCCUUGAGGAAGACAAAGUGGAGGAAGAACGCACAGAUGAGGAGCAGAAUGAUCCUGGAAAACAGGAUAUAACAUCUGAGGGACAAAAACCAAAAGAAGAUUUGAAAAGACAAAUAGAUGUACAGAGGACAAUUGUACAGGAAGUCAUACAUGUGCACAUGCAAGAAGCUGUAACAUCUGGAGAGCAUUCAGAAGCAACAAUAAUGAUAGAUAAAACAAAUAUGCAGGAGGCAGAAAAUGAUCAAAAUAUUGCUUUAAAAGAUAAGCAUGCAGACAGUGAUGUAGAAAUAAGCUACCUUGGUCACAAGGCAGCAGUAGCUGUCCCGGAAGCCUUGGAAGAGGAGGCCCCAGUUAGCACUGAGCGUAGUCUCAGACGCAGAACAAUACCAAUUCAGUCUCCGCUAAAAAGGAAAUCAAGACGUCUACAAAAACAAGAGGCUAAAGCUUUUGAAGAUAAAACUACAAAAGUCCCAAUAACAGGAAAGGCAGUUGAUGAGCAUCAAGAGGCAAAAAUAGAUGAAAAGGAGCAAACACUUCAGAAAUCAACUGUAGAGGCAACUUCAGAGGAGAUCCCACCUGUAGAAACAGAACCUGAAGAGUGUGUAGCAGAAAAAGUAGAAAAUAUGGAGAAUAAGGAAAUACAGUCAGGGAAUGAGGAGGCACCUAAGAUGGAAAAAGAAGAAGCCAUUUUAGAACAACAGAAAAAUAAGGACUUGGUUGAAAACAUCAUGGAGACUGAUGAAGUUUUAAUGGUUGCAAAAGAGCAGACUUACAUUGUAGAGGAAACCACCAUACAAGCAGAGUUAGAAUUAACAAAAGAAGCAGAUAUGAGCAGAAAUGAAGAUAAUUUAUCAAUCACAAUAGAAACUUUAGAAGUACAUGUACAAAGUAAAACCACAGAGACCAAUGAUGGGGGGAAGGUGGAUGGAAGUUUGCAUAACAUAUCUACAGAUAAAAAAGAAGUUGAGAUCGAGGGCUCAAUUAAAAAAACUGAAAACACAGAAGAAACACAAAAAGAUUUAGAUGAGGGAGUUCAGGAAGAAGAAAAAGCUGAGGAAAACACAGACCAGGAACUCGAGGAGAACAUUCAGGAUAAGACAGAAAAUGAAAUGAUCACUCAUCAAGAACAAGUAGUCUCUCAGGAGGACAAUGUUUGGGAAACCAAUCCAGCAGCUGACUGUAAGUCAACAGUUAUUGAGGCAAAGGUUGCUUUAGAAAAGACAGAGCAGGAUACAUCCUUAAUUACGAGAAGAAGUCUCAGGUCCCGAACAGUAACAGUCCAAUCUACACCAAGAAGAAUGCCAAAACGGCUCCACAGACAUGAGGUGGAGCCAGAAAAGGAAACAAAGAGUGAUACAUGUGGAAAUGAAAAUGACACUGCAUUACCACAACUAGCUGAUGAUUUAAGUAUCACUGUAGAAAAUAUUGCUGAAUUUGAAGACACAAAGGAGCAAGAGGACAUUAUUCUGCUAAAUACUGAAGAAAAGGCUGCAGAAAUUGAGACAAGAGAGGAUACAGUGGAGAAAGGAAAAGAAAUCCAUGACAAAAAUGAGCAGGAGAAGACUCACAAUGACAAUCUUGAGAGAGAAGAUGUUCAGGUAUCUAAAGAACAGGAUGAGGUCUCUGAUGUACUGGAUGAAAAGAAGCAUCUCAAAGAAAUCCAAUAUGAGAGUUCUGCAGAUGUGCAAGAAUGUUCUUAUGAUAUGGAGGAAACAAGAAAAACCCUUAGAAAAAGAACCAUAGUGGAAGAAGCUGCUCCAAGAAAAUCCAAAUGUUCACGCAAAGUACACAGUGAAGAUAUCGAGCAUGUAAAGGUAGCAGUUUUGGGGUCUGAGUCAGUAGAGGAAUAUGUAGAGCUGAGGUCUGAUGAAUCAGUAAUUUUUGAGGUCAGUAAUUCAGGGGAAGAAAUAUUACAGCAAAUUCUGAGAAAUACAGAGGAAAACAACAGACAAAUAGAAAACACAGAAACACUGGAGGAAGUGAUAUCUGAGCAGUGUCUGGAGGCAGACGAACAACCACUUGAGUCCAUUGCAAAUGAGGGUUUCACUUUAGAGUUGGAGGUAGAGGAAACAUCUGAUCUAGAGGAAAACAGAGUAGAUGAGGACAGUAGUGUGUCCAUUGAGGCUCCAAAGGAGGUGUCCACAUUUGAAGAAAAAUUAGAAGGUGAAGAAAAUACCUCUGAUAAUGACAAGAAAGGUCUUUCCAUUGAAAAGCAUGUUCGUCGGAGUAGCAAAGCUACAGGUUCAGCCAGACGAAAAUCAAUGAGAUUACAAAUGCUCGAAUCGAAAAAGAAAACAAAUGAAUCUGAUUUGGAAGAGUCAGAAGUGAGAUAUCAGAGAAAACGAAAAGCCAUAACCGAUUUAACACCUGCACGAAGAUCAAAACGCCAUGCUAGGGGAAAAAACGUUUAAUCGAUUUUUGGCUCUUGUAUUUCUUCAAAACAAUACAUUGCGUAAGGGACCAACAAAUUAUAUACAUAAUGUGAAGUUUUCUAUAACAUUUAAUAUGCAAAAUAAUGCAAAUUAUCGAAACAAAUAUAUAUUUGUAUUUUUUUAAGAAAUUUGUGGGAUUUUAUAAAAUACUGGUUUCUUAAAAUAAGAAUUUUCUUGUAAAUUAAGCAUGUUAAGUAUAACAUUUAGGGUCAGAUUUACUAACAGCUUGUGCCAGGAAAAAUGCUCUUUUACAUGCAGAAAAUUUUGCAGCUGAUUUCUUAGCACAUAUAAAUAAUUAGGAGUUUCUCUUUAAAUGCUAAAUUUCAGAAUUUGAAUAUUUAAAUAAUUAGUGGAAUGAGAUUUAACAAGGGUUUCAGUGGUCAAAUUACUGGUGUGUGCACUAAUAUUUAAAGGUGCCAUAGAAUCCAUUGAUAAAUUAUGUUUAAAUCAUUUUCUGCUAUCUCCAUAGAAGGUAUAGUGGGGAAAAAACUCCAGAAACUUUUUACAAGCCCAUGUAUUAAUAUCAACUCAUAUGUUAACAGAUGAGUUUUAUGAAGUUUAUUACCAUCCUUUCACUCUAGAAAAAUCACAAGAGCUGAGUGAUAUGUCAGAAACAUGAAUGAGCAUUUGCUAUUUAGGAGGUAAUCAUCUUUGAGAAUUAGGAUUUCCACACAUCAGUUCUAAGAAUUCCUCAUAUUUACUCCAAAAAUAUCCUAAAAAUAUCGAAAAAAUAUAUAUUAUUAAAAUAUAUAUUUUAGAAAUAAUCUCAGUGUUUUCAUGUAUAAAUAACAAGCUGUUAUUUUAGUUUUGCUUUUCUAUGUUUACCAUGAAAUGACAAAUCACGCAUUUGGUUGAGCAUAAUUUUGAAAAAUUAUUACAAGCAUACUAAAUAUUUUUCAUGGCACCAAGUAACAUAACUUUGUAAACUUAGGGCCCUUAGAUGGUAAUAUGUCAAAAAACAAGCUUACCUUGCAUAUUAUCACCAAAAACAGUUCACAUGUCAGGACUGAUUUUCUUGUCUUUGACUUCAAUGGUAGAAUAGUGACGAGUGCUGUUGAUUGAGUUAGUGACAACUAGUGUACUUUUUUGGCAUAACAUAUACCUCAACCAGACGGUAGAGAUGGUUCAAUCAGGUUUAGUUAAGUUAGGUACUCCUCUCAAUAAAAUAAUGUCAGUCAAAAUAUGGUCAACCGUUUGGUCGAGAAGGCAGUUAAAGGGUUAAUCACUUAUUCAACAGUAUACAUGUGUUUGUUGCCUCAUUUCAAACUUACAUUAAACCAAUAAAAUAUACAGUUCUAUACAGACCUUAUGCCUCCUCGCUGAAUGAAAUUAUAAUCCGUCAUUGCCGUUUUGACAGGCUAAGUUGCCCUUUCUUUGACUUACAUCAAAGCUAACGUCUGUCCUAUUUUCAGAGUAAGAGUCCCAUAUGCAUAGGAACUAUAAUAAUAUGUGUUAAACAGAAAGUAAGGAGGGGGGGGUAUAAUUGUUGUAAUCACAAUAGGAAACAUUGCGGCCAAUUAAGCUCUGCUGUGGUGUGCUUAUUAUUGAUCUUAUGAGUAAUGUCAGGGUUUGGGCUUUGUUUGGAUUGGUCUGUUUUUCACCAUGUUUUGCACUCAAUGGUGUUUGAGGCUCACUGUAUGUCACUUAAAUGUACAGAAUUUUUAUUAUUUGGCUAUGCCUAAGUAUAUCCAGUUUUUCAUUCUAUGGCACCUUCAAUGCACCAAAAUCAAUGCACCAAAACCUUUGUGCACCAGUCAGGUUUUCCCACCUUUCCCAGAGCUUAUCAUCAGCUCUGCUUUUUUGUACCUUAUUUGUGCUGAUCUUGGUAGAUUAUAAUACAUUUAAUGGGAUUGUUGAUUGUCAGUAGAUCACUUACAGAACUGUUUAGUUAAUCUGGCACUUAGUUGAUAUCUUAAAGUUAGACGCAUUCUUUCUUUCUUUUUAACAUUUUUAAAACUAUAUUGUGAAUUUACAUUUAAAAUCCCUUAUAAAAAUAGUUUGUAAUGUACAGUAAUAUUUUUAUAUAUAUUUCAUAUUAAAUCAGGCUCUGGAUAGGAAGCUAAAUUAAACAUUGUUCAUCAUUUUCACAGAGUACACAUAUAAAUGUGAGAGUUUAUAAGAGUUUUUCAAUUAAACAAAAAGUACCACGAAGCUGUGGUUUAAAGUGAAUAUAUAAUAUUUAAGGAGUGUUAUCAAGCCCUUGGUUGUUAAACUCACUGUAAACCUCUGCUUCUUGGUAUUUAUUACUUUUAUGAAAUGGCUUUUCCAUAUACGUAGCAAGGUUUCACAAAACAAUACAAAGAAAAUAAGUUUCUUUGGGUCCGUACUUACAGUGGAAUUGUUGCCAAGCAAAAGUCACAGGUGUAUGUUUGUAGAAUUAAACGCAGCUCAGCCAAUCAGACCCUAACUAUCUGUUUUGUAAUGUGAGCUUCCAUUACAAACAUUAUACCUUUCAAGGUUUGUAACGUGGAUAACUUUAUCAUGUAAAACUCUUGUGUUUAUUUUUGGAAAAACAAUAUCAGUCUUGUGGGUAACACUAUAAGUUUCCAUUAGUUAAUGUUAUUAAAUGUAUUUACUAACUUGAACAAAUGAUGAACAAUGCAUUUAUUAAAGUAUAGUUUUUUUCUUUUUAUUAAUGCUGGCUAUUGAAAAUAAAGUUGUUUAUUAUUAGUUCUUGUUAACUCUUUCACAGUGCAUUAAAUAUCGUUAAGAAGCUAAACUUCAAUUUUAAUUAUGCAUUAAUGGUGAACUAUGAUUAAUAAAUGUUAUGGAUAAUAAAUGUCUUGGUUCAAGGCAAUAAAUACAUUUAUUAAUGUUAACUGGAACCUUAUUGUUAUAAAAUGUGACUGCAAUUGUGUAUCUAAAAGCAAUUUACUUUGUAACAGGAUCAUUUUAUCAUAUUCAUAUGUUUUCUGUAAUAUGUUGGUGAAUGUGUAAUUCUGUGGGUUUGUAAAGGGUUUUUCAUCCUUCAUUUUGUUAGCAGGGGAGUGUAAUUUGUUUUACUUUUCACAUUCAUAAUUUAGUUUCAUUGAGCUUUCUGAUUGUCCUGUCGAACAUUUUUUUUUAAACCUGUUUUAAUAAAGUCAUUAAUCACCUGA